AUGUGUGGAGCGUCACAUACCUCUUUCUCCUUUCCUGUCAGUAAUCCGUCGUUCCUGCUACCUGAUCUGCGUCCGUCCAAAUCCAUUGGCUCCUCCUUUCUCGUAGACGCGUCGAUGCAAUCAAGCGAUGAGGAUCACGCGCUUCCGUUAUCUCUCUCAACCAUAACUCCUCCAUCGUCCAAUGCUCCCCUUAACGACAUCCCCUCAUCACAGCAGCAGCACAUAGAUCGGAGGUGCUUCCAGGAAGUCGAUUUCUUUCGACCCCGCGCAGAACCUUCCGCUGUUAGACCCUCCCCGGCAUCGGUCGCUGCAACCGAGUCGGCUCCCGCCUUCGCACCCGCUACUAUCGCCGCGGCACCGGGUUCUUUGUCUCGUCAUGGGGCCCAUCGAAGUGCUGAGGCAACGACACACCCGUGUGUCGACUACUCAGUCGUAUCCGUAACACCCCAUCAGCGCCUCCCCUCGGAGCAGCAGAAACCGCCGUCGGCGGGUCGAUCCCCGUUAUUGGCGUCUUCGUUAAUGGCGUCAGUUGCCGAGUGGUCCAACGUGAUGAUGCCGCCGCCCGCAACAGCAGGGACUGCCAAGAGCCUUCUGCCAGGCUCCUCGCUCGCCAACGAUCUGCACAGACCCGUUACCGCCCUUCGCCGACCGACGCUUAACCCGUUCAGCGACAAGCCGCGGGGAGACGCGGCACCGGCGCCGGAAGCUGGCGACGGGUCGGCGAAAAGGCCUCGAUGCGAGAGCCCGUCGCAUCAGCUGCUACCCAGCCUGAGCAGCAGCACGGCCUGCACCGCCAAUAUCCGCGAUAGUAGCCACCCCGCGAUUACACGGUCUGGCCUAUCCAACCCGGCGCCACCCGUCCCAAGCAAGUUCUCCUCGGCGAAUCUCGUGCAGGAUAUUCAGAAAUCGGCGCGCGGAGACCUGUCGCUGGACCUUCCCCCGCCGUGCUGCUCCUGGAUGUGCAUCUACUUCUCCGUGCCGUGCCGCAAGAAGCGCCGCCUCGCGCCGUCCUCUACCACCAGCGGAAGGACCAACAGCGUCAGCGCGGCUGUUAGCGGAAGCAUGAUCAGCGGCGGUGGUGACAGCGGCGUAAUCAGGAGGCGGAGGGCGGCUCGCCCUGCCGCACUUCCAGCUUCAAGCGGUACCAGCCUUUCCGGCGCGGCGGGAGCUCCGCGUAACCCGCCGCGGCAGCCGGUGGGCAGGGGGGGCAUGAAGGAGGAGCGAGAGGUAUGGGCAAGGGAGGACCAAUCCAAGGCCAGCGGUAGUAAAGGCGGUGCGCAUCUGGCGAGAUGUGAGAGUGCGAACGGCGGGGAUUCGUCGGUGCACGGAGGCUUAAAUACCGUGCUGACGUCAGCGUUUGCAGCAGCACGAGGCGGUCCGUCAGCAGCACGAGAAGACGGCAUGUUUACACCGGCUUCCGAGCUGGGAGUGGGGAGCCAGCCAGCAGGCGCGUCGGCUUCCGAGCUGCUGGCGUCGUACGCGGCGUCGGGCUGCGCGUCGCCUGCUCUCCGCGCGUUCCUCGCACUCUCUCCGAACCUGUCGGCCCUGCUCAAUCCGUCCGCGCUCCCGGCUGCUGAUGGUGCGUCCACGCUGCUGAGGCGUCUUCAGAGUAGAGAGGACCUGAUGGCUGGUCGCAGGGAAUUCGACCUUGCCUUUUCUUCCUCCACGCCCCCCGAAGCCUUGCUGGCUCAGGCUCGUGCCCGAGCCAAGGCGCGGACCAUUGCUCAAUCUCAGGCUCGGAAAGGCGAAGGGUUGAGUGGUGGGGAGGAAUCAGACGGUGAUGCGGAGGGGAGCUGGCAAGUCGACAAUGAAAUUAGAGGGGCUGAUCUAGAAAGGAACGGCAGCACUGGCUCUGUGUCUGCAAGGGCAGGGAGUGGAGUGGAUGGAAAAGCGGCUGAGCAUACCACUACUGGAUUUCCACUUACCUUUACUGGCCUUCCCUUGGAUCUGACGCCAAGUCAAACAGUGAUAUCAGCUGGCAUGCUCGCGGUAACGGCACUAGCUGUGGGGAAGGGAUCAAGUGACAUCUUGUCUGAUGAAGUCAUUUGGCUACUGCGGAGGGCAGCAACAGCAGCACUCCUCCCCCUCUCCCCUCCAAUUCUCCUCGCUGCGCGUCUCGUGGCAUCCAAGCAGAUCCGAGUUCGACCAGGCCUGCCUGCCAGAACUGGUCAUGCCACGCUGUUCCUCGCCAAGUUCUUCGGCCGCGCGGGUCUCAUGGGCUUCGUCACGGCCGUUGACGAGGGUCAACGCCCAGCGCUAUUCCAGUCGUUGCUGUUCGAGGCGUGCGGGCGAACCAUCAACCCGGUCUUCGGCUGCGCGGGGCUGCUCUGGACGGGCCAAUGGCACCUCUGCGAGUCCGCCGUCGAUACUGUCCUCCGAGGCGGCUCCAUCCACCCCAAUGCCACCGCCAGCGCUGGCGCCAAUCCAGCCGCGCCUGGAAGCGUCGCACCCGGCGCAGCGGUCUCCGCAGCAGCGCCUCCGCAGUCCUCCGCACUGCCUUCCGCGGGAGUGACGCUGCCGUCGUCUGGGUCCGUUGUGAUGGUCCCCACCCCCGCGUCCGCGCCCGCCACGUCCGGAACGACGUCCGGAACCACCGCCGUCGCCGGCGCAGGCGCGUCCUCCCCUCCGCUCCCCGUCGCUUGCGCCCCGGGGGUGGCAAACCACCGCCUUGGGAUCUCCGCGUCGCCGCUACCGGCGCUUCCGGGCGCGACGGCGGCGUCCGCGGCAUCGUCGAUGGUGCCGUUCGGAAUGCACCCGGGACACGUGCAGCACCUGCAGCAGCAGCAGCAGCAGCAGCAGCAGCAGCAGCAGCAGCAGCAGCAGCAGCAGCAGCAGCAACAGCAACAGCAGCAACAACAGCACCUGCAGCAGCAGCAACAGCAGCAGCAGCAGAUGAUGCAUCUGCAGCACAUGUACGCCGCUCAGUCGAUGUACCAACCGGCAAGCGCGGCCAUGUACCAGCAGACCAUGGGGAAUGUCGCGAUGGGGUCUGCCGCAGCGGCAACGGCGGCAGCCAUGGAUAUGAUGCAGCCCGCCGCCGCCAUGGCCUACUGGCCUUCCGCCGCGCCGGGCCCGCCGCCUUUUCCGGGUCUUUCCGCCGUAACCGGGGCCACUGCGCCCGGAUUGGCCCCCGGGAUGAUCGGCGCAGCGGUCGCGCCGUCUGCGCCGGGGAUGAUGCACGGAAUGACGAUGGCCGGGAUGCAGCCAAUGGUGUGCGGCCAGGUGGCAGGCAUGGGUCAGUCUCCGUAUAUGGCGGCGGGUCAGCCAGGGGGACCUGCGGCUGAGGCUGCAGCGGCGGCAGCGGCGGCGUAUCAACGGGCGCUGUACCAGCAGCAUUACGCGCAGCCCGCGCAUGCGCAUGCGCAUGCGGCGGCGCAAUCGGCGCAACAGCAGCAACAUCAACAACAGCAGAGUCAGCAGCAAGACGCUAACGCGCAGCAAUCUCAGGACCAACAGCAACAGCAGCAGUCGGAACAAGAUGCCGCGCAAGCGCAAGAGCAAGCCAACUGCGCGGGAUUACCCCAAGCGCUCGGCGCGCGGGCGUUCUGUCCCCCGACCACCACAGCCGUGGAUCCCCGCUCCGCCGGGUCGUGCGCGGGAGCGCGACUCACGGGCAGAAGCGCAGCUUCUCCGGGCGCCGGCGGACCUGGUGGCGCGGGGCUCUCCGCUAAAGCCCCCGCGCACAUGGGGUUCGGCGGAGGCGCUUGGGCGGCGAGUUACGGGGGAAUAGGCGCUGGGGCAGGGGGCGCAGGCGGCGCAGCGAUGCUCAACGGCCCGACUCCAGUUGGGGGCAUGUGGGAGGCCUCCGCGGGAACUAGCGCGUUCGCGAUCCCCAUCCCCGCCGCGUUUCAACCACAGCCGUUCGCGAAAGCGGGGCUGCUCGCCCCUGCGCGUCUGUCCGGAUCGACGGUGUGCCAGGCGCAGAGCCCGUCGGGGUGCCUGUCGCCCGUCACGAGCGGAACGAGCGGGACGAAAACGAGUCGCAGCCCCGAGGAGACGAGCCCCUGCGGAAGCCCGCCGCUGGUUGCGCCCGUCGCGCGGCGGCCGAAGCUGGUGCACUCGCCGAUUUCUGCGGCUGCGAGAUUUGUGCCGCGCGGAGCAGGAGUUUCCGUCCCCCGCACGGAUUUUGCGCCGGGUGCGGUUCCCACCACCACCCCCUUCUGCUAG